AUGAUUUCCCAGGCUUUCAUUUUGGCUGCUUUGGCAGUGGUUACUUUUGCCAGUUUCCAUCAUGAACCUAUCCACCAUCCCCAACCCUUCAAGUUCGGUUACAGCGUCAAGGACAAGCAUGGAGAACAACACCGUGAAGAAGUCGGUGAUGGGAAGAACGUAAAGGGAAGCUACGGGUUCACCGAUGCCAGGGGAAUCAAGCGACAGGUCAACUACGUCGCCGACCAUGCUGGUUUCAGAGCUGAGGUCAAGACCAAUGAACCCGGAACCGCCAACCAGAACCCCGCAGCCGUCCACAUCAUCUCUGAUGCCCCCUAUGGACAUGGAGGAUAUGCCGGUGAUGCCGGACUCGGAUAUGCCGGAGUUGGAGGAUACGGAUAUGGAGGUGUUGGAGCUGCCGGUCUUGGAUAUGGAUAUGGUGGUCUUGGAGUAGCUGGUGUAGGAUAUGGAAAUGUUGGACUAGGAGGCUAUGGUGGUCUCGGCUAUGGAGGUUAUGGCCUCAACAAUGGGCUUCUUGGCGGUUUAGGAUAUGCACGAUAUGGGUUUUAG